AUGCAAUAUAUUAUCGUCUUCAUCUUGUCUACCCUCACCUUUCUAAGCAGCAAUGCUGCAGCCGCACCGACGGCUUUUUCUACCACCACAUCAAACCAGGAUGGCUUUGUCGAACACUCAGCGGUGGAACGCUCGCUAGUUCAAAGAGACGACCCCAUUCGCGUUGACGAUUUAUUGACGGACGUGCCCGUGUUGGGCUCCUUGUUGGAUGAUGUGCUACAUGGAACAUCAUGA